AGCUUCCUAACAUCUCCACGGACUACUCAGCUGAGUUCAACUUCACCAAACUUCGGCGCGCCAGUCAGACCAACUGGUCAUAUCACCAUUCAGUCACUCAUUGAUAUUGCUCUAGCCUCUACAGGUCUCGUGCACAAAACGGGGCCUCCCGACGCCGUACAGCUGGUCUUUCCAGCUCCUCAAAUCACCAUCAACAUCAACCAUGGCACUCUCACCAGUCGUAACGCACACCGUCGAAGCCACGCAACCGCAAAGCUUCGGGCGCGCAAUCUCUUCGCCUCUAAAGAACGCCACUUCGCAAACAUCCUCCUCCAAUGGAACGCCAAUGCCCCCUGUCACUUCAGCGCCUGCGCCGACGAGCAUUCCCACGACUCUCGAUCUUGCAGAGCAGAUGAACGAUGAGGAGAAGCGCAAAUACGUCAAGGGCAAGAAGCUCGGUGAGGGUACAUACGCCGUUGUCUUCCUAGGUCACUUGCGCUCCAAGCCCACCACUCUCGUCGCCAUCAAGAAGAUCAAGGUCCAGAAGGAGUACGAUGAGGGCAUGGCCCCCGACGCCGUCCGCGAAUUGAAGCACCUCCAGGAGCUCUCACACCCAAACAUCAUCUCUCUGCUUUCCGUAUUCUCCUCCAAAGACCAGAACCUCAACCUCGUUCUCGAGUACCUACCCCGUGGCGAUCUAGAAAUGCUUAUUCGCGAUACCGAAUCCGUGCGCUACGGUGCCGCUGAUAUCAAGACAUGGAUGGGCAUGCUCACCCGCGCCGUUUGGUUCUGCCACGAGAAUUUUGUUCUCCAUCGUGAUAUCAAGCCAAACAACUUGUUGAUUGCUGAGGAUGGCGAAGUCAAGCUUGCUGAUUUUGGUCUUGCGCGAAGCUUCGCUGAUCCUCAUCAACUCAUGUCCUCGCGCGUCAUCACCCGCUGGUACCGACCCCCUGAGCUGCUCUUCGACGCGAAGCACUACAGCGGUGCUGUCGAUGUCUGGUCUGUUGGCACUGUGUUCGCUGAACUCAUUAUGCGUGCGCCCUAUCUUCCCGGUAACACAGACCUUGACCAAGUUCGACUUGUCUGCGAACUUGUCGGUACGCCCACCGAUGAUAACUGGCCUGGUGUCACGAAACUUCCAGGCUAUGCUGUUCCUGGACAACACCCGGUCCGUGGUAAGGACUGGUAUGAGAUGCGCUUCGGUACUGUUGGUUCUGACGGUGUGGACCUGCUCAUGAAGACGCUUAUUCUCGACCCCAAGAAGCGCAUCACUGCCCGUGGUAUGCUUGAGCAUCCUUGGUGGCAUUCUGAGCCUAAGCCUACCCGCAAGCAAGAUCUGCCUCGAAAGGGUGGCGCAGGAGCUGACGACAAGAUGGGCGCUGAUCUAAAGCGAAGGCCAGGCGUAAUUGACGAUGACAGGGGUUCCAAAGUUGCACGCAAGCUUGAUUUCGGCGGCAUGAAAUAGACAUGGUGAGAGGGGGCGAGAAAAGAAGACUUUUAAUGAGCACAUGGCAUGCAAUUCGGGUGAGCAUUUUUAGGCGUUUGGUUAUAUACAGAAUAAGGAGAGGAACGGAACAAGUUGUAAAGGACAUAGCUUACUCAAAAUGGGACAUUUUAUUAGAUACUCAGAUCUCUUCAUCAUCAUAAAUUUGAAAACCAUCCAUGUAUAUCCAAUCAGCCA